GGCUACAAGAACAACGCGGGGUGCUUCAUGGGAGACGCUGAUACCGCUAUUAAGUUCCUCGUAGCGUUCGCGCUCCCCACCCACCCGCCCCCCCCGCGCGCCAUCGAAUUCAAUGCUGCGCCCGCAACGGACACGCACGCAUCUACGAUUGCGGGGCGUGGGUUUACGGGCGCCAGCGUCGACCUCAGCAUUCGGAAGUACGCCGACGACAUCACUAUUUCCCGCCUUUGUCACGUCGCGCAG